GUGCUCGACCACUCGUGAUACUACGUAAUACUUACUUAACAAAAGUAAUAAAAACGUUAAAGUUUUACGCGUUUAGUAUUCUAGUGUAUACCACGUGACAUUAAUAGUGUAUUUUGUGAUUCCGCAUAAAAAAUGCCGAAAAGAAAACGUGCCAAAUCCCCCGAUUUGGAUUGUAUUUACAAAAAAAUUAAACUACUAGAAAAACAAGUUCGUGAACAUCGUAGUACCAGUAAACGGCGACAUCGGGUCAUCGAGUCUUCAUCAUCAUCAUCGUCGAGGGAAUCUUCACCUGAACGAGUUCAAGAAAUACAAGGAGAGCUCUCGUCGUCAGACGAUCAGACCGAGAUGAUUAAUAAUGACCUUCGGAAUAUCCUCGACGCCGCCUGGGUCGGCUGCAACCCCCCGGACAGGGAGGUUCCUACUGCUGCAGCGUUGCCGGACACCGCCACCGGUACCGCCGGCGCCGCCUUGAUCUGCGAGCAGCCGCCCGCCGCGCCACACGAGGAAACCACCUCGGCUACUCAAGCUGAGCCUCUUGAUCUUAUGGACUGUCUGGAUAGCGCCACAAUGGAAAUCCUAGGCGAAGAUCCCACAGCCAAAAUUGAAUAUGGUCCUUCAAUCCACAAAGAAAUCGCAAAUCGAUUAGAACAUUUCGCCGUCUCAGGUAUAGACAGAGAGCUUCGUAAAGAAUUGAAUAAGAAGUACCUGACCCCGGACAAUUGUGUCCGGACGGGAGCACCCAUGCUUAACGACGAAAUUCGAGCUGCCUUGCCGGAGAGUGUCAUCAAAAGAGACAAAAUACUCCAAGCUAAGCAACAACAACUUGCAACGAUAAUAUCGUGUUUAUCUAGCACCAUCACUGAACAAAUAAAUCAAAAAGAAAAAAAUCACGACCUUCUUCAGAAAUUGAUGGAUAUGGGACGUCUUCUAUGCGAUGUGCAACACGCAGAGUCAAUAGCUAGACGAAACUUCGCCAUAUAUUCCGUUAAAAAGGAAAUGAAGGACCACUUGGCACAUACCAGCAUAGACAAAUAUUUGUUCGGCGAAAAUCUUUCAGAAGCAUUAAAAGCUGCAAAAGCAGUCAAUAAAUCCGGUUCAGACCUUAAAAUUCCAACUAAAACUCCCAAGAAAAACCAACCUCAAGCGUCAAAGCCGCAGACGUCAAAAAACUGGAAACAGCCGGCGCAAAGUCGCCGGCAGCAAACGCAGCAGAGGAGCCGAGAGACGACCUCUCAGCGCGGGCAGCACACCGCCUCGUCGAAGAGAUCGCCGCCUCCGUCGAAGACGACCCGCCGCCGGUAGACACGAUGCCGAGUCUAGACGGAAUCACCCUGACAUCGAAUGGGAGCUCUCGGACUCCGCAUACAACACCAUUGUUGAAAGGUUCGGUGAACCCAAUAUUGACCUAUUUGCCAGCAGGUUAAAUAAGAAAUGUAAUACAUACGUGUCGUGGCAUAGGGAUCCCGAUGCAUACACAGUCAAUGCAUUCACCAUAACGUGGACAAGUUAUUUUUUCUAUGCCUUUCCUCCCUUCGCUAUUAUUUUGAAAACUCUUAGAAAAAUAAUACUGGACAAAGCUACAGGUAUCGUGGUUGUGCCCGCUUGGCCGACACAACCAUGGUAUCCUGUCUUUAGGAAACUAUUAAUAUCAGACUGCGUAACCUUCGCCCCCAAUGACCAUGCGUUAAUUUCUCAUUCCAGCCACGAGAACAUCCAUCGCAACCUUACCCUGGUGGCAGGGAUAUUAUCAGGGCAGCGCUGCUGCAACGAAAGGUUCCGCAAUCUUCAAUAGAAAUAAUGUUGGCCUCUAUUUCGCGUACGUCAUUUAAACAGUACGAUACUUAUUUUAGGAAAUGGUACGAUUAUUGUACUCAGAAUUGUAUUAAUGUGUACGAGGCGCCACUUCCUAAAAUUAUUGAGUUUUUGACAACAAUUUUUCACAGCGGCGCACAGUACGGUUCGUUAAAUAGCUGUAGAUCAGCUUUAGCAUUAAUAUUAGGUUGUGCAAUCGCGGAAGAUGACCGCGUUAAAAGAUUUUUUAAAGGAGCAUUUAGGCUCCGGCCACCGGCGCCAAAAUAUGACGUUACUUGGGACUGUAAUCAAGUCCUUACAAUGCUAGCCUCCUGGUACGCUAACGAAGAACUUCCGCUAGAAAAACUUUCUAGGAAGUGUUGUACCUUACUUGCCCUUGUUACAGCACAUAGAGUGCAAACUUUAUCCAUGAUUGACAUAAAGAAUAUCGAAAUCUUACCCACGCAAAUUAGAAUUAAAAUUCCAGAAUUAAUAAAAACUUCCCGGAUUGGAACCAAGCAACCAGUUUUGCAUUUACCCUUCUUUCAGGAAAAAAUUGAGAUUUGCCCCGCAAACACUAUAAUUUCUUACUUGAAUAAAACAUCACCCAUACGUAAAUCUAGUAGACUUUUUGUAAGCUUCAAAAAGCCCCAUAAAGCAGUAACAACUCAAACAUUGAGUCGGUGGAUUAAGACCACACUCAAAGAUGCAGGAAUUGACGUCUCUAUCUUCACAGCUCAUAGCACCCGCCACGCCUCAACGUCCCGCGCUCUACAACAAGGGGUAAGCGUUGACCAGAUACGACAGACUGCUGGCUGGAGUAACAACUCCGCCACGUUCGCAAGGUUUUACAACCGGCACAUUGUGAGCACGGACGAUGGGGCGCUGGCGAGGGCUAUUGUUAAUCUAUGAAACUUUUUUUUCAUAAUGUCAUCAUUUAAUAAC